AUGACCACAAUCAAUCCGGCUAAUGGGACCAAACACCCAUCAGUAGAACCUCUGAAGACGCUACGAAAGUACAGGCUAGCUCCCGAAGGUCCAUUGCGGGAGUUGUUCAAGGAUUGUCCAAUUUUUGGCGUUGAUGCUGUGCUCAUUAGCCCGGGUUAUAUUCACGUUGGUCAAACUGUCUACGCUCGUUACAAAGCAGCUUACCGGAAGUCUAGCCCGUACUACUACUCACUAUAG